UUGAGAAGUAGGUCACGGGGUCAAGACAGAGCUGAGGUUAUCCGAAGUGCUGAGUAAUUGCAGUUUAGUUCGCGGUAUUUUAGCAUUCCACUGCCUGUCAUCGUACAAAAAUCAUGGCAUUGAAGGCUGUUUGCGUCCUGAAGGGAGCUUCAGAUGUGAUAGGAACUGUGUAUUUCGAACAAACGAGUGCUGAUGGCCCAUGCAAAGUGACUGGUGAGGUGACUGGGCUGAAAGAAGGACUGCAUGGAUUUCAUGUCCAUCAGUUUGGUGAUAACACUAAUGGUUGUACCAGUGCCGGCCCACAUUUUAAUCCAUCAGGAAAGACUCAUGGUGGACCUGAUGAUGAAAACAGGCACUUUGGUGAUCUUGGUAAUAUCAAAGCAGGGAGUGAUGGUAAAGCUACAGUGGCUAUCACAGACAAACUGGUGACACUGACUGGACCAAACUCUGUAAUUGGAAGAACCAUUGUGGUUCAUGAAGGUCAAGAUGACCUUGGUAAAGGUGGAAAUGAGGAAAGUUUGAAAACAGGCAAUGCUGGGGGUAGGCUGGCCUGUGGUGUCAUUGGAAUCACUCACUAGACUCUGCUGGCUGAUAAAACUGGCUUCUUGUUAUCUUUAUCUGAUCAAACUGUAAUCCUUUAAAGAAGUAAGGUGGAAGAAAGCCUUAUGUUCCUGUAAUUAUGUUUUGUUUAAGUUUCUAUAUUCUACAAACUACAUGCCUUCUGUCAAAGUUAAAAAAAGGUUUGAAGACGUAUGUGGAAUAUUGUAAUGAUUAUGUAUAACAUCUGUUCUGUGCCAUUAGUCAGUGAGGUCACUGAUAGUAAUGGCUGAUUGUUGUAUGUUACAGCCAGUCAUUUUGUUGUAAUCAGAGUGAUAAUUUCUAGAACUCUUUGAGGCAGCUUAACUUAAGUUACAUACUCACUCAGCCCUAGUGUAGUGAUACCUGUUGUACACAGGGUUCAUGAAUUUUUUUUUUUUUAGAAAAUCCGUGAUGUUUACAUAUUUGUAACAAACUUGGGACUAUCACCUGCUUGCUUUACUGCCACAUUGGUUUAUAACUAAAGUGUGCUGGACAUUGUAAUAAAUAUUUUUAUGCUGCUA